CGAGGCUACAAUUAAAAAACAUGCAAAAAACUAAAAUUACAAUAUUAACUAAAUUGCUAUAAAAACUUUAUGAAAUUGAAUUCUUAUCUACAAUAUUUCUACAUUAUUAUGUGGCAACUCCUAAUUUGUCCAUGGUCUGGUAUCAUUGACGCAUAUUUUACAUUGUGUUUUCGUUCUACGAUCAAAAGUGUACAAUUUAUACGCAGUUUGAGUGAAAAUCAUUUUUGGAAAAAUUACCUUUACCAAAUUUAUAUUAACGACUUCAUUAAAUUCAUUAAGUGAAAAGCUGCGUAAAACUUCAGUGGAGUAGCUGUAUUAUCAGCAAAACUAUUUGUGAAAUACUCUAAAGGAGAGUGACAAGUGUACUAAGGAAAUCUUGUGUGAUUAACAAAAAGUGAUUGUCACUAGCGCUGGCGUUAGAGACUGUGGAACAUACGUAAUAAAUGUGAAAAUAAAUAAUAAUAAUAUCCUAUACACAUAGCAAAGUUAUAUAGUAUAUUUUUUAUUCAAUAAUAAAGCAAGUUUAAAAAUGAGAACGGAAAUGCCGAGCCAAAAACAGUGCAUUAAUCUUGUACUGAUAUUAUCAUUCGUAUUGAGCACAUUGGUGACAGCUGAUUACGUCGAAAUAAAAAGCACCGGAUCGUCAGUUAUUGGUGGCACUAUAAAUUUCAGUGCUGUGCUAUACGAUGAUGGUCAAGUCGCGAGUACCGGAGAUUACAUGUUCAAUUGGGAGGAUAAUACGCUAGCCGCUAAUAAUGUGAAAAUCAACACAAAAUAUCCCUACAGCAAUUGGUCCGUAACAUAUCCGAUGAAUACAAGCAAACCUGGUGAUUAUAGGGUCACAUUAAAAGUCGAUAAAAAUUAUAUAUUGUGGAUAAAUAUAGCAACUAAUCAUAUUGAUUUCAAAUUGGAUGACUCCCUCGGCGGCGAUAUGCUGCUACUGCAAAACGAUACCAAACCAAGAAAAAAUUUUGUUUCCAGCUCAAAGCCGGUCAAUCAUACAAUACAGUUGCGGCCAAACGAUGCCAAAUUAAUCGCGGACAAGGCCUACGAAGUACACACUUAUUGGUUCAGAAAUUGUACUUACAUUGGUGUUAUCAAUGGACUUAGUUAUGUAGCGCAGUACUCUGAACCCGAUCAAUAUUAUAAAAUUGAAGCCUUGGUCGUGGCGAGUUUCGAGAAACCACCUGAACCUAUAACUACAACAACGACGACAACAACAACAACACCAAAACCUACAACCACGCCUGCAACUACCACCACCACCCAUAAACCGAACAAUGAUACAACAACGAAAAUUCCAACUGUAAAUGCCACUACUGUGGCGCCAAGGCAACGGCGACGUCGCGGUGCAGCUGCACCGAUACCAUUAACGUCACUACUUGCGCAGCAAACAUUGACUGUCAACACAACUGUGACUGAUCAAAUGCACGAUGCCGCUACUUUGAACACUACCACAAAAGCAACAUCUAAAAAACUCGCUUUGCCCAUUCUUAUGUCGCCAAUGCUGAUGGAUGGCGAACCACCCUACAAUUGUGUCAGUGGGCAAUUAAUUGGGCAUGGUCCCAAAAAUCUAACCGGCCUGUUUAAACAUUACGUGGAAUCAAAAGCUCCCAUUUCGGACUUCAAGGCUACCGGUCAAAAUUGGUUACAACGAGGUGAUAUGAUGCGUCUACAAGUGAAUUUCAAAGGCUCUCAGUCGCUGGAGAUGUGCAUUCAGGUCGUCAACGCUCCAUAUAAUGCCACCGGCAACGAGACUUGCCGUUACUACUUUCCACUCGAGAAAUGCGAGUACAAUUACACGCGCUUUUUCUACGAGAGCAAAACAGUUUUGUUUUUCAUACGCAAUGAUGUGUCUGAGAAGCUGAAUCAGGUCACCAUUAAUAUAUACGAAGCAAAAGUGCAAUCGCAAUUGUCUGUUGUGGUGGUGCCCGUGUCAUUCACUUUAAUCGCUGUUAUUCUAAUCGUAUUCGGUGUCUCUUAUUAUUUGCAAUCGCGAAAUCGUUUCACAGUGGAAGUGGCCGAUUUCAAUUUUGGCGAGACACAAUCUGUUGAUAUGGAGUACAAAACAUUUCAGCAGCGUCUUAUCGACAGCAUACGUGAAGUGUGGCCGAGGCAACGACGCUACUCGGAAUUUAGCUCAGACAUGGAGCCGGAGUUUGAUCACAAUGGACGCAUUGGUGGCGCCUUUGAUAAUAGUGAGCAAAGGCCCAAUGUUACUGACGAGGAAAAUGAAAACAAUGCCACAACUAGCGCUGGAAGUGGCAAUACUACUAUAGAUAGCAAUCUCAGAUAUAAUGCAUUGACUUAAGUUUUGAAGAUCCUAGUAAUUAGAUUUUAGAAUUUAUACAAAUUUUGCAAAGCGUUUUUGGUUUUUUUUUGUUUACUUUUUACUUUAUGAAUUUGCACAGAAAGUCAGUUCAAAGUCGUUUCAAUCUUGAUUUGUAAUUUGUGAUUACGUAUUUAUAACAAGCUGUAAAUACACAAUGAUAUUUGUGUAUUUCGUAGUAUUCUUUUUUUUUUUUUUUUUUUUGUUUGAAUUGGUUUAGUUACAACAUGUAUUGUUUUUUAUUUUUGUGCUUAGCGUAUAUAUUUUUUGUAUUCACCCGUAUAUUUAAUUUUGUAUAUAUAUUAUAUAUAAUUCAUGAACUGUUUAUUGAACGCAUGCAACUAACUAUAUUAUAAUUGUGCAUACACUUUAUUAUUAUAUUACGAAACUGCAAGCACUAAGUAUAUAACGCUACACACUCAUCAAAAAGUAUACAUAAUAAAAAUUGUUAAGAAAAUUAGAAACGAGAAAAAAAUCAAUUUCCAUAUUUGCCAAAUCGUAAAAGGUUCAAUAAAUGUAAAAUUUGUAAAGAGAAAAUUUAAUACCGAAAUAUUCGUACAAAAAAUUUGGCAAUUAUUAGGUUUUUUUUAUGGAAAUUCUUUUGGUGUAAGACUGUAACAUUCUAAACAUAAAAGCGAAAUAAAUGUUAUAAAUAGGUAAUUAGAAGCGUAUGCAAAAGUGAAAAAUGAUGAUGUCUACUACUAAAGCUGCAACUCGUUGAAAGCAUACAUACAUACAUAUAUGUACAUAUGUAUAUGAAGCUUACAACUUUUGUUCUUUAAAUGCUGUGCAACGAUGGCUUAAAGAAAAGAUUUCUCGCUGAUAACAUGUUAGUAUAAAACUUUACACCGCAUAUUUCUAUUGAAUUUAUCGAACGCAUUCGCAUUGUGGUAUAUUUGAUUGUGAUAAUUGAUGAAAAAAAUUUAUUAUAAUAUACUUUAUUUAAUUAUUUCAUGCAGUGCUCGACACACAAAUACUUCAUAAAUGAAUACAAAUUUACAUUGUAUACUGAUAAUUAACUAUUAACUAUAGAAAAAUUUUUAAAAUUCUAAUUAUUUUGCAACUUUCAACUAUUUAACAUUUUGCUUAAAAAAACUAUUAUGAUUCAUAUUAUGUAUGUGGAAAAGACAUAUUAUACAUAUAUCUAUUGCAAUAUGUUAAAAUAGUUUAAGUCGACUUAAUCGCGCAAUUUGAGUUUUGAAGCCCACUUAUCGCAACACGGCAUUGUAUUUUAACCUAAACUAUUACUUAGCACCGGAAGCUUUACUUUUUUACUACUUUGCGAAUUGCAGAUUCAUACUAGAAAACGAGUCACUAUUUAUUUUAGGUCGAGUUAAGCUGUUUUAACAUGUUGAAACAUAUAUAUCAAUUUAUAAAUACAAAUUGCUGAAAGUAAGCAAA